GGGUUCAAAAAGUUGUUUUCUUCUUCUUUCUCUUUCUUUGUUUUCCACCUUUUUCUUGUUUACAUUCUAUUGUAACAUCUAUAUUUCUAUUCUUACUCAUCUUAAAAAGUUUCUUUUAUAUCAUUUUUGUCUUUUUCAUUCUUUGAACAAAAAGAAUCCACUUUUUUUUUUUUUACUAUAUUUGUUUGUAUUUCGGUUAAUAGUAUUUAUACAUCUUUUCUUUAUACAACAAGAAAAACAACAAUAACAACAACAACAUAUAUAUAUAGUUCGACUCAAACAUCUUUAUAGCAAACAUUUAGUUUCUUAAAAAGGAAAAACAACAACAAUUACGAUCUACUAUAUUCAUCAUGUCGGUAUAUAAUCAUCGUCCUAUGGUACCCACUCCUGUUAACCGUUUUGUGGAAAUGCUGGAUUCUAUUCGAAAUGAAUUUGAUCAACUGACACAAGAAGCUUAUAUUUGCAAAUCUCAACGAGACGAUUUUGAACUUAAAAUGAAUUCACAAAUUCAAGAAAUGUCUAGUUUUCAACAAAACCUUUUGGAAUUGGAACGUACUCAACAAGGCUUAAAGAAACACUAUGAAGAAGAAAUUGCUCGACUUCGUCAGCAAUUGGAACAAGCACAAUCACGUGCAAACCAUCCUAUGGCCACACCUAAAACGCCUAUGUCAUCAAGUCCUUCUAACGUUGGUCAUCCUUCAUCACAUCAACCUCCUCCUCCUAAUAUCGGACCAGGAUCCAAUUAUUUUGGAGGUAUUAUGAACGCGCAUGGUAAUCAAGGUCCUCCUGGUUUAGUGGCCCCUCCACAAAUGGGUGAACCUUCUCCAUCCCAUCAUCCUGGUUAUUCUCCAGCUCCUCCUCCUCCAGGUUAUAUGAAUGGUUCCCCAGCUUCAAAUCAAGGUCAUCCUUCAAGUGCUCCAGUACAAUAUGGUUCUUCUUAUCCUCCUCAAAAAGGUGCAGGGACACCAGUGAAUCAAUCAGCUCCUUUGUUACCUAGUGAUAUGAAACGCAAAUCUGGUCCUCCUCCUCCUCCAUCUGCUUAUCCUCCACAAAAUAUACAACAACCUCAAGCUAUCACUCCUGGUGGUGGUGGUGGACGAUCCAAUCUUCCCAUGAAAAGUCCUGGGACAAACUCUUCUGGUGCAUUGGCAGAUAUGGAUCCUGAAGUGGUUCCUGCAAAUAUGAAAAUUGAAGGUCAAGAUUGGUUUGCAUUAUUUAAUCCAAAAGCCAAUCGUUAUCUCACAGUGGACCUGGUACAUACAUUGGAUCAUUCAAGUGUUGUUUGUUGUGUCAAAUUCAGUCAAGAUGGUCGAUAUAUGGCUACUGGAUGUAAUCGAUCCACUUUUAUCUAUGAUGUUGCUACUGCUCAAAGGAUUUGUGUUCUUCAAGAUGAAAAUACAUCUUCUGAAGGUGACUUGUAUAUUCGAUCCGUAUGCUUUAGUCCUGAUGGCAAAUAUUUGGCCACUGGUGCUGAAGACAAACAAAUUAGGAUUUGGGACAUUGCACAAAGGCGUAUUCGAUUCAAGUUGACAGGCCAUGAACAAGACAUUUAUUCUUUGGAUUUCAGUCGAGAUGGUCGUAUUGUGGUAUCAGGCUCUGGUGAUUGUACUGCAAGAAUAUGGGAUAUGGCUGAUGGCUCUUUACUUCAUACAUUAGUGAUCAAGGAUAAGGAACAAAGAGAUCCUGGUGUGACUAGCGUUGCAAUUUCUCCUGAUAGUAGACUUGUUGCUGCUGGUAGUCUGGAUAAGAUGGUACGAGUAUGGGAUGCUUAUGAUGGAAAACUAUUGGAUCAAUUGGAAGGACAUAAGGAUAGUGUUUAUUCUGUUGCUUUCAUGCCAGAUGGAAAUACAUUGGUUAGUGGAAGCUUGGAUAAGACUUUGAAAUUAUGGCAACUUGGUGGUGACAGAGACAGAGCAAGAAAUCAUUGUAAGAUGACAUUUGUCGGGCAUAAGGACUUUGUUCUCUCUGUUGCUUGCACACCUGAUGGAAAUUGGGUGGUUUCUGGAUCAAAGGAUCGAGGUGUACAAUUCUGGGAUCCUCGUACAGGUCAAACUCAAUUCAUGUUACAAGGCCACAAGAAUUCAGUGAUUUCUGUUGCUAUCAGUCCAAGUGGUCGACCCUUAUUUGCUACUGGAUCUGGUGAUAAUCGUGCUCGUAUUUGGAGUUAUGAUCCCAUCUCUUAGUUUAGUUCUUUACAUUCAUUACUUCUUUUUUUUUCUCUUCAUAUUAUUAUUCAAUUUUUUUUAUCUUUAUAUAUAUACUUUAUUCACACCAUUCAUUCCAUUUUUUUUCAAUCUUAUAUCAAUCAUUAUCCACUCGUCCCUCAUCUGACUUGUCAUCCUAUAUAUAUAUAUUUUUGUCUUUAUAUCAUUCAUUCCUUCCCCCCAAUCAAAUAAAAAUAAAAAAAAAAAGAAAU